CGACUGCUUUACCUUCGCCUAACGAGAUCUACCUGGACCGGAUGUUAUUUGUUCGGAAAGGUUUGCAGAAAAAUAUUGUGUGAAAUAAACGAUUUGAAAAAAUAAAGGUCCACCAGAGCUGUUAUCAACUGCCGUGGUGUUAAAUUUUAACUGUGUUUCAAGGAAGUAACAGUACAUGUAAUCACCUAGAAGAUGAACAUGAAACUAUCAAUAGUUGUACUCCUUUGCUCCGUUUACGCUGUCUACAGCUUCAACCCUUGUCCGUAUGGCGAACCUCUUGCUAAUCAUUAUUGUGGACGAGGUGGAAGUCGAUGCCCCAAUAACUACUACUGCGAAAUAGCCCCUAAUGAUGCUUAUGCCGAAUGUUGUCCGAAAAUCUGUCAAAAGGGUGUUCCUUUGGUUAGCAGCGACGGCAGCACUUGGAACUGCGGGCGUGGAGGGGUCAGAUGCCCAGAUGGCUUCGAGUGUAACAUCGCGCCGACGGAUGCCUGGGCCGUCUGUUGUCAGAAAUAAUACUCGAAAUGUGAUUGUUAGAUUAUGUUUGAAUCAAACAAUUUUAAUGUCUGAUGAGUAACAUACAUUUAACCUCGCUUAACAAAUGUCAGCAUAAAAGUGCAUUCAUGCUACUAAAUUAAUAAAGCUUAAUACAGAAACGCUCGCUCAUGAUACAUUACCUGAAGUAAACAACGUUGAACAUACUUUAAAUGCUUUUUCAUGAUAUAUACUGUCAAUAAACAAUUAUAAAACAUUUAUGGUCAAUAUAAAUCAUAAUAUCACACAUGAACCAUUCUUUUUCCCCAAUGAACCGUUAAACAAAUAAGUAUCUCAAGAACAAUACAACUCUCUAACUUGUCCAUGUCUUCAGUUCAGAUCAGACUUUUAUCAUGAAGCUAUCGUUUGCACCAAUUAAGAACUGGCCGCAUGUUUUUGCGUUUAUGCUGUAUGAAUGCAGUAGGGCACGCGUGCAAAUUCCACAACGCACCCUCAAUCAUUAUAUUUACAUUAAAGAUUAUUAUUUCUUACGAUAAGAAACCAGCAGAUUCUUCUGCAAUUGAUUAUUUGUUCUUCAAAAAAUGUAACCGAAUUAAUGCGCUUGUAUAAAACAGAAGCUGUUAUUUUAUGUAUAUUGUGAAGGCAUACACCAUAAGGAGAAAUACGUUAUAUUCUUAACGCAUGAAUGACAUUGUGUUUCUAUUAAAUAUACAUGAUAAUGUUUAUUUAUUUUUCCUCCAUAUUUUUGCACAUGUACACGUUUGCUUUCGUUUUUUCAUUUAAUCUUUAUCGAAUGAAAUUAUUACCUCUUUGAACAAUCUCCAUAUUUAUAACUCAUAGAUGCUAUAUAUGUAUAAACUUGAUUACCUAUACCAGAUUAACUGCACUGUAACAUACAAAUUUAAAAAUGUAUAUCUAUAAAUAUAUGCUUUACAUAACGUUAAUAUUUAGGUGACUUAUAGGUCCGAUGGGCCGGGUGUAAAAUGUACCAUAUGUUUGUAUUGAAAAUGUAAUUAUGUUAUAUACACAUGUCACUAUAAUAAACAAUUUACUUACUUA